AUGACGGCGCCUAUGCUGAGCCACCUUCAGCCUGUGCUCGCGGAGAUGCGCACCUGUGCGCAUGACUCUCGUCCUGCAUAUGCUAUGGCUGGUCUUUGUGCGCUAGCUAUGCCUUUUGGGUUUGGGCAUGCGCUGCAGACCGCCAAGAAAGAGGUUCGUCAACGCCUACCGCGACUCGUCCCACCGUUCUGGCAAUCGUUGGGAUUCGGGUUCUUCUUUGCGUUUGGUGGGUACAUGAUUGAUCAGGGCGAUGUAAUGAACGGGAGCGGCGUUAUCACAGCAUGGUCAUUGACGUAUGUGACAUUUAAAACGCUGCCUAUUCUGCGCUAUCUGCAUCGCUCGCCACUCUCCCUCCUCCUAAGUUUGUCGGCGAGUGGUAUUGGAUUGGGCGUGUAUGGCAACUACUACUUCGACGAGACCAGCUGGCGUGGCGCCGUGCCUGGGAUGACCCCUCCACAAACUGUAACCACCACGCCGUCACAAAAGAUCGUGUAG